AUGAACAAGAUCCAACCCAAAAGGAUCAAGGGUGGUAUCAUCACCAUGCCCUUCAUCUUUGCAAAUGAGAUAUGUGAGAAGUUGGCCGUCGUCGGAUUUCAAACGAAUAUGAUCAGCUACUUAACGCAACAACUCCAUAUGCCGAUGACUAAAGCCGCCAACACUCUCACCAAUUUUGGCGGCACUGCUAGCUUGACUCCGUUGCUCGGAGCUUUCGUUGCCGAUUCCUUUGCCGGCCGCUUUUGGACCAUCACCGUUGCUUCCAUCAUUUACCAGAUAGGACUGGUAUCUUUGACAUUAUCCGCGGUGUUACCAAAGUUAAGACCCCCACCAUGCAAAAAUGGAGAAAUCUGCCAAGAAGCUAAUACGGGUCAAGUGGCGAUCUUGUACGUGUCGCUUCUGUUAACGGCGGUUGGAUCGGGUGGGAUCCGACCGUGCGUGGUGGCGUUUGGGGCGGACCAAUUCGAUGAAACGGAUGAAAAACAAAAGACGAGCACAUGGAAGUUCUUCAAUUGGUACUACUUUUCGAUGGGGGCAUCGAUGCUGGUGGCGGUGACAGUAAUCGUCUACAUUCAAGAUAAUAUCGGAUGGGGUUGGGGUCUCGGUGUUCCAACGAUAGCCAUGACUGUUUCGGUCAUUACCUUUGUGAUCGGGUACCCGUUGUACCGUAAUUUGAAUCCGGCGGGUAGCCCGUUUACCCGAUUGAUACAAGUGUGUGUGGCAGCUUACAAAAAGAGAAAUUUGCCUAUGGUUUCUGAUCAUAAACUGCUGUACCAGAAUGAGGAGCUUGAUGCCUCCAUUUCUGUCUCUGGGAAGCUUCAGCAUACUAAACAAAUGAAAUUUCUGGACAAGGCUGCCAUCGUCACCAAAGAAGAAUAUGCAAAAUCGCAGUCAAACCCGAACUUAUGGCGGCUAAAUACGGUCCAUCGAGUCGAAGAACUAAAGUCGGUACUUAGAAUGGGGCCAAUUUGGGCAUCUGGGAUUCUUCUAAUCACAGCUUAUGCACAGCAAAGCACAUUCUCCCUCCAACAAGCCAAAACAAUGAACAGAAGCCUCACAAGUUCAUUCCAAAUCCCAGCUGGAUCAAUGACCGUUUUCACCUUGAUCUCGAUGCUAACCACGAUAGUCUUCUAUGACCGUAUUUUCGUGCCCAUUACACGUAAACUCACAGGGCUAGAACGGGGAAUUUCUUUUCUUAGUCGGAUGGGAAUUGGCUUCGCGAUAUCGGUUCUUGCCACAUUGGUAGCUGGAUUCAUUGAAAUAAAGCGCAAAAAUGCCGCUUUUGCCCAUGGUUUGACUUACAAGCCUCACGAAACUAUUCCCAUUUCGGUGUUUUGGUUAGUACCUCAGUAUAGCCUACACGGGGUCGCAGAAACGUUUAUGUCAAUCGGGCACCUCGAGUUUUUCUAUGAUCAGGCUCCGGAGAGCAUGAGAAGCACCGCCACUGCGUUGUUUUGGAUGUCGAUUGCUGGUGGAAAUUACGCUAGUACCCUUCUCGUGACGAUGGUGCACAAGUUAAGCGCGGGCCAUGAUGGGUCGAACUGGCUCCCGGAUGAUAAUCUGAACACGGGAAAGCUAGAGAAUUUCUACUGGUUGAUCACAUUGCUUCAAGUUCUUAAUCUGAUUUACUACUUGUUUUGUGCAAAAUUCUACACUUUUAAGCCUAUUCAGGUUGCUCAACAAAAUGAUGGAAUUGAGGUAGGAAACAAUGUCUGAUUUGUGCCUAAAUUGUUGAGUUGGACCUCAAAGCAUUAGAAAGUGUAUGCAGUAAUCAUAGCCAAAGGGCAUAUGUGUAAUUCCACAUGAGUGUUU